CCAGGUUGGGAAAGAAUGAAAAGAUAAACCAUUUUCAAGCUUAUUCUCUUGCCGGUCGUGCGAUCGAACAUUGCAGCCGACCACACAGCAAGUACGAACCAUGGCUGUUGUGUGUGCCUUCGCUCCUUUUUCGCUUGCACUUUGUUUUGACCCCAAAAAUGGUGGAUCAGGCCAAAAUCCUUUCCACGCCCACCCCCGUGACAUCAUGCUCUAUCCGUCUUUGGGGGGAAACUCCCACUGGGUUUAAAUCUGGGACUCUCCACCAUUUGACCCUUAGAACUGAAGAAGCUUCUCGGAUGAAACGUCUUCAAGCAACUUAAAGAAGUCCAGACGGUUUUCUUUCCAAGCUCCUUAGACAACUGUGAGUAUCUUGCUAGGUGUUGUAAUACAUACGUUCCCUUCUUUAAUCUAAGUAACAGUCUGUAAUAUUGAAAAACUGUCAUUAAAGCAGGGGAAUUGUGUAUGUUGACAGCUAUCUCCUCAUGCACAAGUAUGAAGAAGAAUAGCAGACAUGAGUCUGCACUGUAAAAACUGUGAUUCGGGUUAAUUAGUAUCUAUUAGGAAAGUAAUAGUAACUAUUACUUAGUAAAAACAUGUAUGUGUCGUUUUAAUUAAAUCUAAGCAAAAUUCAACGUGUUUGAGAUGUUCAGUUAUUUAAAUUUACACACUUUCGUUUGGGGUAAAUUAAGCAAUGGUUUGUUGAGUAGAUUUUAAAAAAAUGUAUGAGUACCUAGAAAAAUUAGGAAAUCUAAUAGAUUCAACUGAUGAAAGCAUUUUCAUUUUAAUCAUUGUACACUUCCGCCCAUAAUCCUUUGUGCCACGUGCAGGACACACACGCUUCAUGAGCGGACGAUCUCCAUUUUGUCAGAGGUAUUGGAAGAUCCCUCAACUUAAAUCCAGCUGAUCGGUAUGUAGACUGUGCAUUAUAAAGUAAGUUGUGAUACCAUGUUGUAUUAAAUUAAACUAAUGGUUUUGAAAUUGAAGCAGCAGAAAAACAUCAAAGUCAGAUGGCCAGCUUUAUUUGAGGCAUCUCAUCUGCAGGAUGAGUUCUACAGGAUCACCCUGGUACACCUUGAACCCAAAUUCAUGUCCAUGCUGGAUGAAUACACUCCCAAACUGUUGGCCCUUUUCCAUUCCAAGGGGGGAGCCAUGGGAUUGAAGUUGCAGGCUAUCAUAGCCAAGUCACCAAGCAAUCCUAGCAAUAACAUAACCAGAAAUCUGGUCAUUCAGUGCUUGAUGGUGUACCUUGGGGAGUCCAUUGAUCAACUGAUCAAAGAGUACAGUGAUGCUGAUGGGGAUAGUGUGUCACAAGAUCUUUCUGAACAGAGGAUGAAAAUCUACAAAAUCAAGGCUGUUGGAUCUGAGGAGGAUGACAUUGGCAUUGUGCUGGAGGGUGUGAGAGUUAUGCCUGCUCUGGGUAAUUUUCCAAGAGCAUGUGCAAUGCUUGUUGGAUUGACAUAUGCAGUCGAUCUUGCCUAUCCCAAAGAGCUAAAGUACACCUUGGAAGUAUUCCAGAAACUUUUCCUUGAACUGGAUUGUGCUAAGCUCUCACCAAAAGUGAACAGCCUCAAGAAUAAGUUAAUGGCUUAAACAAGGACAAGGGAAGUAAGCUCACUGAAAACUUUUGGUUUGUCUUUGUUAGAUGCAGCUAUCUUUUCAGACCUGCAAUGUGUCAGGCUGUAUUUGUGCUCUUUAUUUUAAUGUUUGUUUUUUAUUACCUACAAGUUUCGUAGGAAUGUUCUGUUUGAAAGGCAACAAAUUGGAGGAAUCACUAGUGAAGCUUUUCUUUGUUUAUAGUGUAUGUUAAUAUAAAACAUUAGUUUAAAACAACUUUAAAAUUUAACAGAAUUGCAGUCCUGUAGCUGUAGAAAUGUUACUUCCUCUUACAUGUGUCUUAGAUUUUCUCAGGUUAAACAUCCAAAUUGGGAUAAAAGGUUGAUUUACAUUAUUGAUAUACCAUGUACAUGAGUGAUAAACCUUUGUUCUACAGUUAUAUUGAGUGAUUCAAUUGUUUUUAAGUUUUUGUUAGUCAAUCAUAAAUAAGUAACAGAGAUAAAGGAAACAGAAUAAAGAAUAUUCAGAUUUCAGGUUCAUGUUGAUAUUACAGUCUAAUCUAACGAUUCAUUUCUUUUUUACAAAACUGGUUUACAUUCAUGUAGUUUCUUUAUGUUGCUGUUGCUCUGUACACAGUGUGAUAGUGUGAUAAACUGUUUAUCACACUAAAACAAAUUUACAACAGGGGAAUGUAUUUAGGAGAUCAGAAGAUUGUUGAUAAGAAUUCAGUGUAUAGAAAAAGAAAAAUGUUAUAUUAUAAAUUACCAUUUUUAUUUUCCACAAUAAAACAAAUUACUGCUUUGAUGUUUUCUUUGUGAAAUUGAUUCAUUUUACUCAGAAAAUAAGUUAAAUUCUUUUUAUUUUCUCUUAUU